AUGGGCCCUUCCAGGACCUGCUACUCCAACGCCCGCCCUAAGCGCUGUGCUCCACGCAGGAAGGAGCGGGCCCAGCCUCUGCAGAGGCGCCUGGGCAUGGCGGCAACGAUACUGCUGCCUCAGCCGUCGCGUCGCCACCUGGCGGCCUUCACCAAAGCAGCGCGGCAGGGCGAGACGGUCUUGGUGCCCUCUGGCGCGCGAGGCCGAGGCGAGACCCCGCCUCCCCUUCCCGGCAGGCAGCGGCGCACUGUGACUGCCUCCCGCCAACGCUUUGGAUUUGGUCGAUGGGUGUUCCGUGAAGUACUUGGCGCUAUGGUCAGAAAGUGGGAAAAGGACCAUUUCUGGUUCUAUGUGCUGGCCCUGGGCUUCAAGCCGAAGGCUGCCUACAGUAGCUUGGUACGGAAAAAGAAGAGGCUUCACAGAGGAUGCAACACUGUAUAUGCUAUCAUUGUCCACUUCUUGUUUACUAAGCUGGAUAAUUCCCGUGCAGCAGAAACUUUCAGAAACUGUUCUGAACCAGGAAACUUCUCAGAUGUUAUAUUUAGGAGGAAGUGCUAUGAAUGGCUAAAAGCUAUUAGAAAUGAAGAUAAAAGGUCUUCUCCAUAUUUUACAUCUUCCUUAUUAAUUUCUCCUCCUGGUCCUAAACUUAUUCACCUAAUGUAUUGGUUUGCAAGACAUGUACUAAUUGAGGACAUGAGAAAGAACUCCAAAGGCACUAAUAUACCUUUUGCUGAAGCUGUAAUGUUGAAACCUAGGAGUUCAUGCAUGGCAAAUGCAAGAUGGAGAGUUGCAUGCAAUAAAGUUCUGCAGAUUUUUCAAAGGGAAGAUUUCAUUAUUCAAGAAUACAAUAAUAAAUCCCAGCUUUUAAUUGAAGAAAUAAGACAGAUAAAGUCUGAAUAUGAAGUCCUGCAGAUACGGUCUUGCAGGAUUAAACAAAAUGACCGAAACAAAAAUGACAAAACUGAGAGAAUUCAAAAGGUCCGCAGUAUGUGGACACAUAUAAUGGAAAUAUUUACAUCUCUGAAAAAGGAAAAAGACAUUGUGGAUUCAGAACUAUGCGUACUUGAAGGCUGUGUUGAUCAGUGCAUUUUAGAUGGAUCUAAUGUUUUCAGAGUUCCAGAGCUGUUGGUUCGCAAAGUUGAAAGUGACAUACACCAACUUUGUACAGGACAGGUAUAUGUAGCUGGAAAACUGAAUUUCUUAACCGUCAUUCAGUUAUUAAAUGAAGCGCUGAGGACAUUGAGAGAUGAACGUUGUAAAUCUGAAUUAAAACAACAUUUUCAGCUCAUUGAGGAUAAGAAUGCAUUCCGCAGUAAAGCAGUACAGAGUUUGGAAGCGCAUAGGCUAAAAAGAGAGCAAGAGCAUUGUGUGUCAAUGAGUGGAUCUAUUUCUAGAAAACAGAAAGACUGGAAAGUGCGGUGGAAAAGCUUUCUUGGCCUGUGUCCUUUUCAUUUAAUGUUAGAUCAGAAUACAGAACUUGGUUUGUUAAGAGCUUCACCACCCAGUUCUUCUAGUUCUGAAGAAGAUCUGGAUAGUGUUUUUUGCCAACAUCUAAUAGUUCCAGAUGUUUGUGAUUUUAUUAGCGAAGAAUAUUGUGAGAGAGAUGAUGGGACAUUGGAAACCAUGAUGACUGAGUCAGCACGACGACGAUGGUGGAGCUAUCCAACAUCUUUGAAGUUGUCAGAAGCAUCUGAAAGCAGAGACGUGUUAAUCAAAAAGGUUUUGCAUACUAAAAUUUUCAAGGAGGAAAAAACGCCUGUGCCUCCAAAUAUCUUAAAAAACAGAAAGGAUGAGUCCACUAUUUUAGAAGUAUGGGACAAUGCAGGUGAUCAUGUUAUUCAGACAGAGUCUCCUGUCAAAAAAGAAGACCUUCUUAAGAAAACCAUAGACGAAAUGGCAGAAGAGGUUGCAAGAAGAGUGAUGUCUGAGUUGUCCCUGAGUCCUGAAGGAGAAAGAAUGCCAUUAGAAGAUACCAUUAGUUCACUGACUUCUAACCCACUUAAAACAAGGAAAGAAAUUCCCCAAACUUCAGAAAAUCUGUUUGCUGAAAUCAGAAGCUCAUGGAGAAAAGCUGCUCAGACCGAGGGCUUACCAGACCUAGAGCUAGCCCCAGCUGAAGUAAUGUUAGAAGAAGCUCCAACGGAUGAUAGACCUGUAAUGCAGAAGGUGGCAGACUCUAGACUCAUGUCGUCCACCCUUGCAUCUCCUUUACCUGAUUUGGCUCCUUCUGUGUCAGAAAGCAAGUCUCAGUUAAGGUCUACAGAAUUUAGAUCUCAAGAGCAUAUGAGGAUAAGCCAUAUAAUUGAAUCUUCGAUUUUGGAAACAUCUGGAAUGCAAGAGAGAGAGAGAACUCUCUUGAGUGAAGAACAGGAAUUAGAAUGUAUUCAUCUGAACAAAAGUUUUGUAGAAGAUCUGGAAGAACAGGCUUCUCAAUAUAUAAAGAGCAUGAAUACUCCGGAUGCUUGUUCAGAAAACAAUAGUAGAACAAAUGUUCUGUCAGACCACUUUUGGGGUUCAUUAGGGGAUCAGGUGCUGCCCUGGAAUGUAUCUUCAUUGUCAAAUCCUUGCAGUUGUGAAGCUGGCCACCUGAAGACACAGACGCUUCCAGAGGAACUUGAUGACUUAGAUACUGACAAAUCUACAACCUCAGAGUCUUCUUUUUAUGUAGUAGACAGCACAAAUGUAACAGGUGGUUCUGAUUAUAAGGGGGAUAUUAAAAAAUCAAAGCCAGAGCCUGCAUCUAAAAGUGAAGAGGAGCUGCAUCAAACACAUAAUGAAGGUGAACCUGUAAGUUGUAGGUCAGACCUAAGUCUUAUGCUAGAAAAAAGAGGAAGAGAUGUAUUGUGCAGUCCUCCAGAACUCUUCUGCUUGGAUGAAGAAUUUACCAAGACACCAUCACCAGUCUCUUACAGUAGAUACUGUUUGCCAUCUUUGCUGAUGUCCAGUGAACAUCUGAAAGAAAUGGUAUCAAUGGUGCAUGACCUCCCAAUAGACGUUACACAUAAAUUGAAAGAUGAAAAGCAGUUGAAUGAGAAGCUGAGCACAAAGGAGUCAUCAUCAGGAUAG